AUGGCAGGCCCACCACCAAAGCAAGCCGACCACCUCGUCACCAUUCCAUGCUAUCAUGGUGAAUUUGAAGCUCUCGUCCAUUGGUACAACCCCGCUCGCCCCCGCUUGAUGAGCGAAAUCCACUACGACGCACCACGCCAAAUCUCACAAAUCAAGUACGUCGACCAAAAGCCAUACCACCACUCGCGGCCCCGCUGGAAGCACGACGAAGAAAGCAUCGUCAUCACCAUCAUCGGCGCCGCCAACCACGUACGCGACGAGCAAGAAAAAACAACCGACAAAGCCGGCUACGGCAUUUUCUUCGGGCCCGGCUCGCGGCACAACCUCAAGACCUUCUUGCCCACGUACAUGGAGCAGACCAAGCGGCGCGCCGAGAUCCAGGCCGCCAAGCACGCCCUCGAGCUGGCCGAGAAGCUGGUCGAAACCACGACGGAUCCGGAGCUCAGGGAGAUCAUCAUAUUGACCGAGUCGAGACCGCUGCUGUCCGACAUCGUCGAGGACGUCUUUGCGUGGACGGCGGAUAUUAACAGCCGGAAUCCGGACUUCGAUUUCAAAGGGGUCCGCUACAUUACUGAGAUCCUGGACCUGCUAGUGACGCUGAAGGACAUUGAGCGUCCAGGGAACAUUGCCGUAAGGUUUUGGGAUAAGGAGGAUCAACUCAGAUAUGAGGCGUACGAUCUUGCGAAUGAGCUCUGGGACCGACCUGGAGAGAGUGGUGAUGGAGGUGAAGAAAGUGGAAGUGAAAAAGGUAGUGGCGACAAAGGUGGUGGUGAAGAAUGUGGUAGUGAAGAACUUGGUGGAGAAGAACGUGGUAGUGAAGAAUUUGGUGCAGAAGAAGGCGAUGGUGAAAAGCAUAGUGGUGGUGAAGAGAGCGAUGACGGGAAGAGUAGUGGUGAAAGGCUUAGUGGUGAAAAGGGUGGUAGUGAAAGGUUUGGUUGUGAAAGUAUUGGUGAAAGAAAGGGCGGAUAG